AUGAUCAAUUCAAAUGAUUCAACAGCGAUUCUUACCCUUGACCACCUGGGAAAGUUGAUGAUCAAUUCCAGCGGAUUUGGAGGUGAUCCUUUUGUAAUAUAUUCUGGCGGUCCAACUGAAAACACAAUUAGUGCUACUCUACUAGAUACAGGAAACUUAGUAGUAAGAGAAGUGAACUCCAAUGGCUCUAUUGGAAGGUGGUUGUGGGAAAGCUUUGACCAUCCCACUGACACACUCCUGCCUGGGAUGAAAUUAGGUGUCAAUCACAAACCUGGGCGUAAUUGGUCUCUUACUUCAUGGUUGGCAUCAGAUGAUCCAGCAUCAGGAGCCUUCACACUUGAGUGGGAACCCAAGACAAGCCGAUUGAUUAUCAAGCUGCGAGGGGUGCCUUAUUGGAGCAGUGGUCUGAUUGUGAAAUGGAAUAAUGAUUUAUUGUUUGAUCAUAUGGACUACAGUAAAACUCAAUAUUACAUUAUCAAUAAUGUUACAGAUGCGGAAGGGGAGUACUUCACUUAUUCCAUUGACGCUAAAUAUGAAACGCUUCUAUACCUGCAGAGCGGAGGAAGAUCGACAUGGCAGUUAAAAUACUGGGGCCCAAUAAUGGAUAGAAAUGUAGGAAUUAUGAACUUUGGUUUUUGUUAUGGUUACGGUAUGGAAGAUGAAGGAUGCGAGAGAUGGAAUCAACCAAAGUGCAGAAGUCACAAACAAAAUUUUCAAUUAAGAUCUGGAGGCUAUGCAAAUUCUCAGGGAGAAUAUGUUUCCAGUAUCCGUGAUGAUGACGACACUGCAAAUCUUAGUCCUAGCGAUUGCAGAGAAUAUUGCUGGAAUGACUGUGAUUGUUUGGGCUAUGUUGAUGAUUCCUCUGGACCUGGAUGCUAUAUUUGGAAAGGAAAAUUGCAGUUUGUACAAGAUAACAGUGGGAGCUCAUCUCGUCAAUAUGUUUUAUUUACAGAGCCAAAAAGUAAGAAAUAA